AUGGGAUUUCUCCAUAAGCUUUGGGACGAAACGCUUGCUGGCCCUAUGCCGGACACUGGGCUUGGCAAACUUCGAAAGUACGAUUCGUUUUCUGCACGUUCAACACCACCUGUUGCAGCUAAUAGCAACGAGGAGAUAAACGUAACUCGAAGCAUUACUAUUAUUAGGACAAACAGUUCCAAUUUCAGGAACAUUUCUGUAGAUCCUGGUUCAGCUCCUGAGUCGCCUGCUCCACCUAGCACUCCUGGGACACCUCUGACACCUGGGACACCACGCGGGGAUUUCAGGAGAAUAACGAGGAGAAAAUUGCCAGUUGAAGCAUUAGAAAGUGCUGAGCCUAGAAGUCUGACAGAUAGUGAUAAAUGCUUUGGAUAG